AGCAAAGGCAAACGCCAACUCUUUAAUGGGACCCCGGAUGCCAUUUCUAUCCAUUCUUGCCAGAAUUUUACGAUAUACAGCCAUGCCACAAUGGUUAUAAUUCAGCUCCUGUUGUUGCUGAGUUUCUUGGACCAAAGCAAGCAGGAUUAUCUGUCUCCGAGGCUUGCUAGGACUUCAGGGGCGCCUUGUGCCAUUGGCCAGGCGUGUGACCCAAGGCAGAGGAGAGAUGCUGGGGGACGCGGUGGAGUCUACGAGCACCUCGGAGGAGCACCAAGAUGCAGAAAACUUUACUGUGCAACUAAAUAUCAUUUGCAAAUACAUCCAAGCGGGAAAAUAGACGGUUCUCUUGAGGAAAACAACCAGUUAAGCAUCAUGGAGAUCACAGCAGUUGAUGUUGGAGUGGUAGCGAUAAAGGGGAUAUUUUCCGGGAGAUAUCUGGCCAUGAAUGAUAAAGGACGUCUAUACGCCUCGGAUGUGUUCAACCAGGAGUGUGAGUUCCUGGAGCGGAUUCAUGAGCUGGGCUACAACACCUAUGCUUCAAGACACCACUCCACCCUGCAGCCCCCUGCAGGGGGUGGCAGUGGCAAACGACGAGCCAGUGCCAAGAGGCAGUGGUAUGUGUCCAUCAAUGGGAAAGGCCGGCCAAGGAGGGGCUUUAAGACACGCAGCACUGACAAAGCCUCCCUUUUCCUGCCUCGAGUGCUAGGCAAUAAGGACCAUGAGAUGGUGCGAAAGCUCCGUGACAGCCAGAGGCACCCAGCUGGACAGCUGAGUCCCCCUAUGGGCCGGGCUGAGCACCGGAGACGGAGACACCGGGUCAGGGAAAGAAAGGGUAGAACCAAGAGGCCUGGUGACUGACUGACACUAGCCACUGCCCGAGAGCAGUAGGCCCUAUUUCUCCGCUAAGGAACACCAGUUCACGGCACAUGAAACUGACCAAAAAUGAACUUACUGAAAUAUCUGCCUUAGAUACUUGGAUCAGCCAGUGGCAGCACAACUGUACUUUGUUGUACAAGCUCCCUCCAAAAUCCUUGCUUGGCAUACAUGCAACUCGAACCAUCCCCUACAACUAUUGCAAUACCAACACAAGAUUUGCCUGGGAAUUCGAGUUAGCACAUAUCUGAAGUUAGAGCUACCGAUACACAAGUAUGAAAGGAUGUUACGUUUUGUCUUUGUUUUGUACAUACACUUGUGAAUGCAACUAAAGUCAAUACAGCUGGAUAUCUUCCAACUGUUGUAUUACCUGGAAAAAGUUGUUUUUGUGUUCUUGUGGAACUUUUUAAAAGAUCAUAAAUAAUGUAUGUUUAUACGUGUAGUUACUUUUUAAUAUCAGUUUCAUUUAUCAGCAGCUUUAAUGUGGGAAAAUGAGUGCGUGUAAGAACUGGACAUCAUUCAAGUGCUUACAGAUACCAAGGAGGUGGUAUUCUCCAUCAUUCUAGUGCUUACAGAUACCAAGGAGGUGGUGUGCUCCAUCAUUCUAGUGCUUACAGAUACCAAGGAGGUGGUGUGCUCCAUCAUUCUAGUGCUUACAGAUACCAAGGAGGUGGUGUGCUCCAUCAUUCUAGUGCUUACAGAUACCAAGGAGGUGGUGUGCUCCAUCAUUCUAGUGCUUACAGAUACCAAGGAGGUGGUAUGCUCCAUCAUUCUAGUGCUUACAGAUACCAAGGAGGUGGUAUGCUCCAUCAUUCUAGUGCUUACAGAUACCAAGGAGGUGGUGUGCUCCAUCAUUCUAGUGCUUACAGAUACCAAGGAGGUGGUGUGCUCCAUCAUUCUAGUGCUUACAGAUACCAAGGAGGUGGUGUGCUCCAUCAUUCUAGUGCUUACAGAUACCAAGGAGGUGGUGUGCUCCAUCAUUCUAGUGCUUACAGAUACCAAGGAGGUGGUAUGCUCCAUCAUUCUAGUGCUUACAGAUACCAAGGAGGUGGUAUGCUCCAGAGAAAUAGAUUUACAGCAAAGCACUUUUUCAUACGAACAUAAAAAGAAAACAAGUAAAAACAAACAUGGGAACACAUUUAUUUUGAAAUGUACAAAUGAUGUGAUAGUCUGUCUGUAAACUGCGAGAAGUACUUUGUAUAUUACUAAUGAUAUGAAUAUUUAUUUGGUACCUGUGUUUAAGUUAUUGAUGAGAUUGUUUCUACAUUUACCAAUGUUAUAAUUUUAAAAAACUUUGUUGUAACCAACCAGGCGUGCCCCUCACUCAAACAAGAGAUAUUGUCAAAACAAAAUGGUCAAUCUGACUUGUCAAACAUUACCAUGUUUUGUUAAUUGGCAUAACUAGCUAGUACAACUGAACAGACAAACUACAUCAAAUGUACUUACCGAAUCCUCUGUCAAUUUUUUGGGCAUGAAACCACUCAGCAGACUCAGUCUUGUCCUGCCCAUGACCAUGUUUUGCACUUCACCCCAGGUUGGGUUCAUCUCUGUCGGUCCUGACCUCACUGUUCCUACACCAGGUAGAACCUAGCUUUGGCCUUCCAUGUUAUUCAUAGAUUGCUGUUCUGUUCAGAGCAUGGGGGAUACAGCUCUGUUCCACUCCAUGUUAACACAAAUAUGUAAUUGUCAUGAUUUCUCUCACCACCAAUCAAUUAUUUUACGGUGAAUGUUGAGUCAUGAGGCUAUAGUGAACACUGUAACAUGUAAACAAUAAACUAUUAAGUAUUUGGAUUAAUGUCAUAUGGAAAUGUUUAACCUGUAAACAUUGUGUUCAAUGUAAGAUGAUUUUUACAGUUUCUAAAUAAUAUAGGCUACUGAUGGCAAC